GAAGAGGAGACGACUCGAAAAUGGGUUCAGAUGGGGCGAUGGGGAUAGGUAGGUUCGCUUGACGCGCAUUGUUUCUGGUCCUUGUUCCUUCAUUGACGAAUGGGGCGGCGUCUGUUUGUUUGGCGCGAAUGCGAUGUGCGGGUGGUUGCUAUGUUCUCAGGUUUAUUGCGCAGCCCGCUAGCUUUGAUAAUCGGAUUGCGUUUAGGGGUCGGAGUGAGUGGUCUCUGCCCGCGGGGUUGUCCAAGAGGGGAGCAGGCUUAGGACCGGAGAAAGAGCUGCCCAAUGUACAGGGAAAUGCUCGUUGGACUAACGAGCGCUAUAGGGAUGUGCUGCGCACGAUAUACAGUCAUAAUGCGUCUGAGGAUACUGUAGACCCGGAUAUGAUUGACACGAAUAGUGUUCUCUCGUUCUCCACAUCCAUGCCUGACCCCCCAAAUGCGAAAGCUUCAGCCGAUGUUCUAGACGACGUCAGAAGUCCGGCCUAUGCUCAGGCUUCGCUACCAUUACGAACGCGGAGGAAGUUGUCUGCACCUGCCAGAAGGCUGCGUGACGUGUGCACUUCAUCAUAUAAGACUCUUGAUGCCCCUGAUCUUGAGGAUAACUUUUACUUGAAUCUCAUUGAUUGGUCGUGCCAGGAUCAGCUCGCUUGUGUUCUCGGAGGGAGCAUAUAUAUAUGCAAUCUCAAGAACAUGAAAGUGAAUUGUGCGUCAAAUGAACUUAUGUCCCAGCGGCUAUGGGCCUCCAGUGUACAUUGGUUAGGUGACGGUUCCGAAUUAGCUAUCGGAUCCCGAGGGGGUUUCUUGUCAAUGAUAGACUCACGUACAUUUCAAGAAAAGCGUGGAUUUGCCUCUGGUCACCUAAAAAGGAUCGGGAUUAUGACAUCCCAGGGAUCGCUCAUUGCCACGGGCUCUGCGGAUUCCGACAUCAUUCUUCAUGACCAACGGAUGUUUCAUUGUGUGAAGACAAUAAAUGCCCACAGACUUGAGAUAUGUGGCUUGAAAUUCAACCCACUCGAUCCGAAUGUGCUUGCUUCGGGUGGCGACGACUGCAAGCUCUUCAUAUGGGAUCUUCGUAACUUAGCUUCUUCCUCAUCCUCAUCGUCUUCGUCUUCUGAUCCAUCUGACCCUUCAAUAUUACAAUCAAACCAAAUCUUCCGUGGCCGUCUGUCCACCUCUUCCUUGGCGAGCUUGGAUUCUCAAUCUUCCCCCACCCCGCUCUCUCCCCCCUUCUCCUUCGGCCUGGAUGAAUUAAAACCAUCCGAUGGUUUAUCUGCGCCCCUUUUGCAGCUAAACGAACAUCGUGCUGCAGUGAGAGGUCUUGCGUGGUCACCUCAUGUCAAGGGUCUGCUUGCAAGCGGAGGAGGGAAAAGCGAUCCGGUUAUUCGGUUCUGGGAUACGAAGACGGGGAGAAAAGUCGAUCAGGUUAGAUGUCAGGCUCAAGUGACGAAUUUGAUGUGGUCAAGAACGAGUGAUGAGCUUAUGAGCACGCAUGGAUAUGGCGAUUCGGUCGCGCCUGGCGCCAUCGCUGUUUGGCAUUGUCCGACUCGAUUGCCGAUUGUUUCGUUCAGGGGACACGCAGACCGCGUCCUUUAUGCUGCUGCAUGCCCUAGCGGAGGCUCUGUUGUAACGGGUUCUUCAGAUCAGACCCUACGAUUCUGGAAUAUCUUUCCGGAGAAACGAGUCUUUAGGACACGGAGCUUUAAUGAUUUAGAGGGGAAGCUGAGGUAAAUGCAAAAAGAAACAAAACAACAUCAACCACAAGGAGAGUGCUGUGACCAUAUGACAGGAAUGCAAUACGCAUGUACCCAUUGGAUCGUUUGUGUGUUGUAAAUGUAGGUUGCCGCACAUUGUCAAUGCACAAUAAUAGGAAUUGGUC